ACAUCGCCCCCUCGCCACGUUGGGUGUUGACAAUAAAGCGGAUUUACUGGAGUAGAUCAGUGUACAACGUAUCCGACGAGCCAUGUUUCGAGCCCGGACGAAGCGUCUAGUCUGCACAAUAGCGGUGAUAACAGCCAUUCCAUUCGCCCUCUUCUUUAUGGAUUCUCUCAGCCUUGGUUUGAAGUUCCUCAAGGGAGAUCACUCUAGAUUAAGUCCAAGAGUGAUGAUAGUCGACGACGACCGUCCUGUUGGCGUUGAUGACACUAUCCUCGAGGAAGAAAAUCUGGAAAAUGAGAAAGCAGACUCCGACGUGAUUGAGCCGGAACCACUAUCAGUUACUUGCCGCAAUGACAGAAAAUGUAAUCCCACAAGAUCGGGGAUGUUCAACGUACACAUCGUCCCUCACUCACACAAUGACGUUGGCUGGAAGAAGACGGCAGACCAGUAUUACGCUGGGAGGGGCGGCGGCAACGCCGCGUCGUUCUAUAACGGGGCUGAGUGCAGCCACUGCAUCCUCGACAGCGUCAUCCCCCAGCUGCUGAAGAAUCCUACCAGGCGCUUCAUCUUUGCGGAGAUGGCCUUCUUCUCUCGCUGGUUUAACGAACAAGACUUGAAAACACGACGAGCAGUCAGGGGCCUUGUCGCGCAGGGACGUCUCCAGAUUGUAAGUGGUGGCUGGAGCAUGAGCGACUCUGCCACAACCUACUACGACGACAUCAUCAACCAACACACACUUGGUUUCCAGUGGAUACAGAAGGAGUUUGGAGAAUGUGCGAUGUCGAACAUCGGCUGGCACAUCGACCAGUUCGGACAUUCUCGGGAACACUCGUCUUUGUUCGCUCAGAUGGGAUUUGACGCCAUCUUUCUCGGGCGAAUAGACUUCCAGGACCACACAAGAAGAAUCAAGUCUCGGGACAUGGAGACAGUGUGGAUGACCAGUCCACGAAAUCUGGGAAACAGCUUGUUUACCAGCGUGCUGUAUGACGGAUACUUCAGCCCAGCCAGCCUGGCCUGGGAGGGACGCCCACCGUCAACGUCCAAACGGAUACAAAAGAUUGAGGCUAAAACGUUGAUUAACCUUGCAGUGAAGUGGGCGGAGUCGUACAAGUCCAGUCACAUCCUGAUCCCCGUGGGUGGGGACUUCGCCUUCCGCUCUGCCCCCAACUGGUACCGGGCCCUGGACCAGCUGAUAGCCACGGUCAACGCUGAGCAAAAAGUUCGGCAGCGUCGUGCACGCUUUGUACUCCACUCCCAGCUGCUACAUCAACAGCGUCAACAAGGAGGGUGUAAAGUUCAGCACCAUGUCCGGCGACUUCCUCCCGUACUCCACCAUCCCCAACACCUUCUGGACCGGCUUCUUCACCAGCAGACCCGGACUCAAGCGCCAUGUGAAAGUGGCCAGCAGCUUACUACAGACGUGCAAACUGCUGGCUGUACUUGCACGCCUGACUCAAGUAAGCCGGGACAUCGCAGUGUUGAAGAAAGCCGUUUCCCUCCUGCAGCACCAUCGAGGGGGGAGAGAGCCUGUCAGUACGUUAUUAGCACAGCCUACCGGAAGCUCCUCACACAGAAAACCAAAAACCUUCCGACGCAGCAUUUCUGCAACCACCUCAACAUCAGCGUUUGCCACAUCACGGAGACGGCCGACAAGGUGUUCGUCACUGUGUUCAACCCCCUGGGACAGCCUACAUCCUACUGGGUGCGUCUCCCUGUCACAGUGCAUCACUUCAUCAUCACUGGGCCCAAAUCACAGGCUACAGAAGCUCAGAUUGUGCCAUUAACGGAAUCCACCCUCAGAAUCCCUGAACGAGGUAUAAAGAAACCCCGGGUCGAUGUUGUUUUUGAAGCGAAUCUUCCACCGUUUGGAUUCGCUGUGUACAAGCUUGAAACUGAUGAUGACGCUACCCUGAUACCACCGCAAGAAGAGAUUGGGACUGGCCGUUACUACAUCACUAACCAGUACUUGUCCCUGACUAUUGACCCCCGCACGGGUGUGCCCCAGACCCUGAGGAACAAAGAGAUCGGCGUGGACAUCAAACUGGAACAGAGGUACCUGUAUUACCUGACCAGUGCGGGUCAGGCGAGGGACCCCAAUGACCGCACUGGUGGGUUCCUGGGAUCCCACAAGCGGACCUCGGGAGCAUAUGCCUUUGUGCCCAAAGAGUUCUCAAGGCCAGUUCCGCUCAAGGGGCCAAGUUCCAGAGGUGUUAAAGUUCAUGCGUAUAAGGGCCCCAAUGUCCAGGAGAUUAGGCAGGAGUUCAGCCCAUGGGUCAGUCAGGUGAUCAGACUAUAUAAUGGCGCACCAUACCUGGAACUGGAGUGGACGGUUGGACCCAUACCAGAAAACAUGCAAGGAACGAAGGAGGUUAUAUCAAGAUUCACAACCGAUCUCAAUACGAAUGGAAUGUUUUACACAGACUCUAACGGCAGGGAGACUAUCCUCAGACGGAGGGACUACCGGGAGACGUGGUCACUGAACGUCACGAGCCCCGUGUCUGGGAAUUACUACCCUGUCACAGCGAGGAUGUUCCUUCGGGACGAAGAACGGAAUAUUCAACUGACGGUGCUCACAGACAGAUGUCAGGGUGGGUCUAGUCUGUCAGACGGACAGAUGGAGUUGAUGGUUCAUCGGCGGACGUUCAGGGAUGAUGACCUUGGCGUGGAGGAACCCCUGAAUGAACGCGGGGAGGACGGGAGGGGACUUGUCUUACGAGGUAAACACUACGUGUUCCUCAACACAAUAGCCAAGGCUGCCAGAGAGUACCGAGCCCUGGGACUCCAGGUCCACCACCCUCCCACUGUGUCCUUCAUGCAGCCGGAUCCACCCACCACCAACCAUCUCGUCACCUCGUUUUCAGGCCUACGUAACCCUCUUCCGUUCAACGUUCACCUGCUGACCCUUGACCAGACCCCAGGUGAUCCCGACACCCUGAUACUGAGACUGGAAAACUUUCUGGAAGUCGGUGAAGCAGAUGAAGAUGAGGAAGAAGCGACCGUAACUCUGCAGUACCUGUUCAGCAGGUUUGACAUCACUACAGUACGGGAGCUGAGUCUGGGGGCCGACCACAAUAUUACCAGGGUGAGGCGGCUUCAGUGGAACACGACUGAUGGUACCACCACAAGCGGGACACUCGAAUACGCCGAUUCCCGUGACGUCCAUUCCCCACCGUUUCCCAUCCUCCUCCGGCCAAUGGAGAUACGGACAUUCAGAGUCACCACCGGCCCCGCCACGGAGCCACCCUCGGACAAUGGCGUUUAACUGUUUGUGUGCAGGUGUGAGUGAUGUAUUUUGUAAAUAAACCUUACCGAGAAAA